AUGUCUUCAAGUGUUCUAGAAGCAAAGUUAGAAAGGUUUAUAGAUAUUAGUUUAAAAAGCUUUAUCGUUAUGAGAGAAAGAAAUCGAAAGCAUCAAAAUAACCUGAAACUAUUUGAGACCGAACAAUGGAAAAUCACGGUCGGACUACAGAAAAUCAGUGGUCUUUAUUGCUUUCAACGUGAUCGAAUAAAUUUUAUCUCUUGGCUUUAUACUUUUUUGUUCACUUCGUCGUUCAUGACUGCAUUGGGUAUUAGGCUUGUAAUGGAAAUCGGUGUUAAUACUGAAAUCGUCAUCGAGAACUUUUUGGCUGAAUUGUUUAUGAUUGUUAUUAUUUUCAAACUAGGGAUUAGUGUUCUGCAAAGGAAAUCAUUCAAAAGUAUGUACACGAAGAUCACUGAUCAUUGGAGGAUGAUAAACAACGUCGAGGAGCUCAAGAUCAUGACCAAAAACAUGAAUAACGUCCAUGUAAUUGCCAAAGUUUACGCGUUGUGGUGUUUCUUUGGUAUGGAAUUUUUCCUAGCUAUGCCGGUAGGCUAUCCUCUGCUGGAUUACGUGAUACCUAUGAAAAAUAGGACGAGGGUCGUGGCUUUUCCUUGCUACGUCGAGUACGGCCUCGACCCUGAGAAGUAUUACUACCCCUUGAUGACCCAGGGCUUCUUCGGCUCCCUUGGCUGCGUCGCAGUUUUCGCGGCGUUCGAUUUGAGCUACAUGAUGCUGACGAGUUACGUGAUUGGCUUGUUCGCUUUGGCCAAACAUCGUAUAUCGAAGGUUAAUGCAAUAAUGCAAGUAAUGGAGCUACGAAAUGUCAACGCGUUGAAGUCAAAUUGGUCAAUUCCAUAUAUCGUGCAGGCUAUCGAAGCUCAUCAGCUAGCUUUGGCUUAUGUCAAUGAUUUGGAAGACAACUACAAUAAAGCUUGGUUUGUAUCUCUCGUUAUUAACGUAACCACUAUCGGAGGUGCCUACGUUGUUAUAUUGGUUAAGGAUACCCCGGAAGAAAUUUUUCGUUACAGUGCGAUGCUCAUCGGUGCCUUCGUUCAUUUCUAUUUCAUCUUUCUACCGGGACAAAAGAUCAUCAACGCUAGCGAAGAAGUUUUCGAUGCCUGUUAUGCGGUUAAUUGGUACAAAUUGUCUAACAAAUCGAAAUAUUUGUUAAAAGUUAUCAUGACCAGGAGUUUGAGGGCCUCGUAUUUGACUGGAGGUAAGAUGUUUUCACUUUCCAUGGACACUUAUUGCAGAAUGCUUAAGACCAGUUUAUCGUGCGUCACUCUCUUGAAGAGAAUUUUGGAAUUCUAA